UUGAUUCUGGGAUUUUGUGUUUAACAAAUUAUAUAUAUAUAUAUAUAUAUUUACUGUAAAGCUUGUUUAAAACGUUCUUGCGCGUUUUAUUUUUUUGUUCUCAGUAACUUUAUUGGGACAUAGGGAGACACAACUCCGGAUUUCUCUCGCUCUGCAAUUCCUUUAUAUUACAAUAUAGUCUGAUGACAUUUUGACAAGAGCUUUGGUGAAUCUCUGGCAACAAUAACCUGUCAUGACCGGGAACCGCACGGAUCGACUCCCGCUCGCUUUGAACACCUUAAUAAAUCCAAUUCCCGACAGACUUUAUUCGGAAGACAAUGUUCCUUCGUCGACAAACAUUUUCACCGAUACGGAGACGGAUUCUCUUCAGUCAUACGCGCAAAUGAAUAUAGCAGAGAGCAUCAUGGACCUGGAGAUGGCUGGAGACAAGGGCACCGCAGAGCUUCAGUACAGCCCUGGAGUCCAGCUGGGCCGUGAUGGCACAACAGUGACCUACACUGGGAGAUUCACGUUUGAUUCGCCCCCUGCCGGGGGCUCCGGCUGGUGCUCGGAUGGCAGUGGCGGCAGCAGCAUCAUCAGCCUGGUGACCGCAGGUGUUUUGGGUGCAGUGCCCCCUAGUGGUGUCGAGCAUGAUGAACCGCCUUCUGAACUGGAGCAGGAAUAUGGGACUCCAUUGCCGGUCUACUGCGGCGAGGCCUACCAGGAUCCGGCUGGCUUUCCCCAAAGCCCAACCGAUGGUGGCACGACUAUCUCCUACUCCGGCGUGGACUAUGACACCAUCAAACCCCCCGUAGAUGGGGGCCUUUUCUCCACCCUCCCAGAUUACGGGCUCCUGCAGGCCGACAUCGGCGUCCUGGAACACAAACCCUUCCGGACGUCGGACUUGGCGCCUGCUGCUCCGCUGGAUUCCCUGCGGGUGCUGAAGGAGAAGCGAGGAGGCGUGGGGGGGCCUCGGCUGCAGCUGGCACUCAGACCCGUGCGCCUGAGGAGGUACCAGAGCCGGCCGGGGAGGAUCCCGCCACACGAACGUCCACAUGGCUGCCCUGCCGAGGGCUGUGACCGCCGCUUCUCGCGCUCCGACGAGCUCUCCCGCCACCUGCGCGUCCACACGGGCCAGCGGCCGUUCCAGUGCCGAGUCUGCCUGCGCCGCUUCGGCCGCAGUGACCACCUGACCACGCACGUGCGCACGCACACGGGCGAAAGACCCUUUGCCUGCGACCUCUGCCCCCGCCGCUUCGCCCGCAGCGACGAGCGCAGGCGUCACGUACGCGUGCAUCUCAAACAGCGGGACAAAAAACUGGCGGACGAGGCGACCGGGCCUGGUGUUGGUGACUCAGGAGGUCCCUGUCAGGUGGGCGGGGUUACCCUGCUGACGGGUAUCGUGGCCGGCGUGUGCAGCACGGAUGUUUCAGCCAAAGCUGACGGGGGCGGCGGCAUCACUGCGGCAACCAUCGCCACGGACACGGGCACUUAGGAACACACAGGGAUGCGAUCCAGAAAAAGUCUGCUGAAAUUUUACCCACCGAUGCAAAGACUCGACGUUGUUUCAUCAGGGAUAGUGAGUCUAUGGAGACCGCAGGUCCAGAGAGCAUACAUCUCUAAGGACACACGCAGAGGACAGGCUGGAAAAAUAACUGUAAAUUACCGUCAAGGGCUUGUCAGAACCGGCCUAAAAAUGCAGUAAAAUUUGAUCGAUGGAUCGGUUGAUUUCAUCAUGCAUAUGCAGGCACACAUUAGUGUGAAUGUGUUUGCAUGUAUAGAUUUGGAUGUAUGAAUAACAGACUUUUGUUACGGCAGUAAUGACAUGACAUCUGCUGACUCUCUGAACUGCCAUGGAACAAAACAGGCGGAUGUCAGGUAACUGAACAUCGCCGUUGGUAAGAAAAAGAAAAGAGCUACAGAAAGACUCUUUUUAAAAGCAUGUUUAUUUCUCGGAGGUAUUUAUCUAUAUUUAAAUUUAUGAAAGUUCAAGCCAGCUUCAUCAGGCAAGACCAAACCAAGAAUAUGUUUCUGUAAUAGCCUUAUGUCUUUAUAAUAGCCUUAUGGUGUUUUUUUUCCAUAUAAUAGGUAUAUUUAUACAUAAAUUUGCGCGUGAAAUUGUGUGUGCUCCAGUUUUUGGAUUUCCUGUAUACAUAUUUAAUUACGUAAUAAUAUACUGUAUUUAUUGGGAAAAAUAUGGCCAUUAUCAUAUAUUUUUACAUAAAUUUCAGCUAGAUAUUUUACAAUACAUACAAUAUGUGCAAUUUAACAAUUAUGCAAUGAUAUGCAAAAAGUUUUGAUGGCAAUGGACAGCCAAUAAAAAGCAAGCCCAAUGAAUGUAUAAUUAAAUAUGCAAAAUCUCUGAUGGUAUAUAAAAGCAUGCAUUUUACAGUUGUACAUGACUCUCUAAUGAAGUGGAACAAUGAUGUGUUUGUAAGUUAAUCUGUUAGAAAAUGUAUAAUUUGGCAGGUAUUUUAUGUAAAUACAUAUUUAUAUUUACAUCUGACCACAUUCUAUGUGUUGGUAUGCAUGUACAAUGACCUUCAUAAAAUUCAGCUGUGGAAAAACAUUUGUAGAAAAGACUUUAUUUUGCUUUUGGUUUUAAAAGUGUUUCUGAGGUAUAAUAUACUUUACAUGUGUAACUUUACAGGAAAUUUAUGUUUUGGGACUGUAAUUAUGAAUGAGGAUUUGGGGGCGUCCGGUCUUUAGUGUUUUGCCUUUAUUAAUUUCCUGUUUUAAUGUGGAGUUGUGGUUUGGAUAUUUGGUGGGAAAAUUGAUUUGCAUCUCAUGUGUGAUCAUUGGUUAGGCUACUAGUAUUUUUUUAACAAGAUAUAUUUGCAUUGCAAGGUCUGUAGUUGUAAUAAUAGAAGAGAAUUUGGAUGUAAUGGUUAUGUGUAAUAAUGCUUAUGUGUUAAAACCAUUUCUAUUUUGACUUUUUGAUUAAAUAUAUAUUUGGCAAGUUUAUGAAUUAUGGAUUUGCAGCUGUUCUUUUAAGGGGUUUUGCGAAAUCUUU